AUGGAAGCGGCCCUUGUCGCCUCCGUCCCCAUCCAUGGCGGCCGAUCCUCACUCUCUCGGCAUCGUAUCUCGAUGAAGCCCCAUUUCUAUUCCCCGAAAACCCUCCUCCGCUUCCCGGCUUCCAGGCUUUCAAGGGCCCGGCACCUUCCUCCACGUCGAAACCCACUCCGCGCCGCGGCCUCCGGCGCCGUCGUCCUCGCCGCCCUUCUCUCCGCCGCAUUCCGUCCUCCUCUCGCCCGCGCGGAUCCCUCCGCGGCUACUCCUCCGGCGGUCGAGGUGCCCGCGGACACCGAAUCGGACCCCUCCAUCGCCUCUCAGCUUCUCCACUCUCUCCUUUUUCGAAAGCUCGAAUCCGGGGACGACUCAGAGGCCCUCCCCGCCAUCCGCCAGCUCAUCUCCGCCCAUCCGGACGAAACGGAGUGGAAACUCCUGGCCGCUCGGCUUUUCCGCGAGACGGGCGAGGUUGCAGAGGCCCGCCGUCUGUACGAGGAGAUCCUCGCCGUCGAUCCGCUCUCAUUUGAGGCUCUCUUCGAGAACGCGGUCCUCUUGGACCGGUGCGGAGAAGGGGACGCGGCGAUCGAGCGACUGGAACAAGAAUUGUACCUAGCGAAGGAAGAGCAGCCGGAGAAGGUGGCCAGGGACGCGCGGCUCAUCAUGGCCCAAAUUGAAUUCUUGCAGAAGAAACCGGAGGCGGCGCUGUCGAGCUACGAGGAGUUGGCCAAGGAGGAUCCCGACGACUACAGGCCGUACUUCUGCCAGGGAGUGAUCUGUAGCUUGUUGAACCGUAAUGAAGAGGCAAGGGAGAAGUUCUCCAAGUACCAUGAACUUCUUUCACUUCGGAAAUUAAAUUGA